CCUUUUUUCUUGUAAGUCGUAAAAAACGGGUCGGGGCAAUUGACCCAUUUCAAAUAGUAACAUUUCCUUGUGUAAAAUUCUCUCCAAUCGGACUGCGGCGUUAAUCCGUUCACUCUCCGGCGAAAAAAUGGAAGCCAAUGCUCCUCAGUUUAAGCUAAUUUUGGGUUCAUCCUCUACUGCUCGGAAAAAGAUUUUAGGCGACAUGGGAUACGAGUUCACAACCAUGUCUGCAGAUAUUGAUGAGAAAGCUAUCCGGAAAGAAAAGCCUGAAGAUUUAGUUAUGGCUCUUGCUGAGGCAAAGGCCGAUGCUAUCAUAUCAAAAUUUCGAAAAACUGAAAACCCUGAGAAGGUUCUCAAUCCAACAAUUCUGGUUGCAGCUGACACAGCAGAAGCCAUCAUACCAAGGGUUUCAAUUGGAGAAUCCGAAGGGGAUGCCGAGCCAACACUUCUAAUUACGUGUGAUCAAGUGGUGGUCUAUGAAGGUGUGAUCAGGGAAAAACCAUCCAGUGAAGCAGAAGCACGUCAGUUCAUGAAAGAUUACGCCAAUGGACAUGCAGCAACCGUGAGUUCUGUUCUUGUCACGAACCUGACAACAGGAAGCAGAAGAGGAGAGUGGGACAAAGUCGAGAUUUAUUUCCACGACAUACCAGAUCAAGUCAUAGAUAAACUGAUUGAGGAAGGGAUAGUUCUUUAUGCAGCUGGUGGCUUGAUAAUUGAACAUCCUCUCGUUUUGCCUUAUAUUAAGGAAGUGGUUGGCUCGACUGAUAGCGUGAUGGGUCUCCCAAAAGCUCUCACCGAAAGACUUAUAAAGGAGGUUCUUUAGUAUGACUAUGAUCCUGCUCCUACCUGAAUGAGUUCGCGAUCUAUAAUUUUGAUAUACGCUAUUGGAGCUGAAAUUAUCAUUGAUUGUUCGCACUGGAUGUGCCCUUUAAUGAAUCCUCGUUAAAAGGAUUUAGAUUGUAUUCGUUCCAAUUACCAGACUCAAUAUUGUUACUCAUGUUACUACCUUCAUGUGGUAUCAUCUAACAUCUCUUUAACAAUCAACUCCUAUAACAUUAUGAUGGAUCUAAGUGUUGACAUAUGUUAUAACAGUAUUUCACUAUAACAUUCAGAAAAA